ACGACAGCAACAACACGCGCCAUCUUCUCGUCUGCCUUGCCACCUUGCUUCAUCUCGCCUCGCGUCCAUAAUCCGUUAUCUUUGCGUCCACCUCGAAACUCGUCUCCCCCCGCCAGCUCUCUCCCGACCCGUUCCCCGUCAUCCUGCCUCGAACGAACUAUUCAAACCGAUCGUUAUCUCCCAUUGAUCACACGCCAUCCUCUAUGAUGGCGGACCGCGGGAGAGAGAGCACUGGCUCCCAGCCGCCCUCGCCCCGGUCUGUUCGUCGUCCUUGGCCUCUCAGUCGCAAUCAAUCCACUGGGGACCCGGACGAGCGAUCUCCCCUUCUCACGACUUCGAGGUCCCGUAUCCGCAUCGGGGGCCCCGGCGCCUCGAGGCACCAGAACUCAUCCAUAUCUCGGGACCAGAGUUACACAGCGGGGACUUUCCAUGGCUCCCGGAACCACAGCCGACAUCCAUCAUGGGGUCAACGACUGAUACAUGCCCUCUCUGACCGUCAGGAGUCAGCCAUGUCUGAGUCAAAGGGAAGCAUCUUCCCCGACGAGCGAGUCUGGUACGAUCAAUUCACCAGCACCGACUGGGUUCACGACGCCAUUGCGGACUCGUACCGCGUCAAGCAGUUGCGUAGUCGGAAGGAUGUUUGGGGUCGGAUACGGAUCAUCUUCGACGGCGCUCAGGGAUGGAUUCUGAGUGCCCUAAGCGGGUGUAUCGUUGCCUUGAUGGCAUAUACUGUCGAUGUUGCUGAGGCUUCAGUCUUUGACUUCAAGGACGGGUAUUGCACCCGGGCUUGGUACCUCAACGGGCGGACCUGCUGCCCGGAUGAGGAUUGUGAAGAUUGGAGGACCUGGUCCUCCGCCCUCAAUAACCCCUUUGGAGAGAAAUGGACUGGGUUUAUCAUUUACAUGAUUUGCGUAGUCACCCUCGCGUUGCUCGCCUGCUGGAUAACACUCCAGACAAAGACAAUUGUUCCCUCAGCCUACCGCCUCACGACGCUCGACGAAAACUUGGCUGCUGAAAAUGCGCCCCAGGCAGACGACGAUCCUCAGAAUAGCGAAUCCUCGACUCCUCGCCAGCAAACAGACUCAACUUCGGCAAAUCCACCAAUGAUUUACUACUCCGCGGCUGGCAGUGGUGUCGCCGAGGUUCGCGUCAUUCUCAGCGGCUUUGUUCUGCAUGGGUUCCUUGGCUUGAGGACCCUUCUUGUCAAGUUGGCGGCCUUGAUUCUUAGUGUCGCCUCCGGCAUGAGUCUCGGCAAAGAAGGCCCCUACGUCCACAUGGCUGCCUGUGUGGGCAACAUUCUCUGUCGUCUUUUCUCCAAAUACGAUCGCAAUGACGGCAAACGACGAGAGGUCAUCUCAGCCGCCGCAGCCGCUGGUGUUGCCGUUGCCUUUGGUGCACCACUUGGUGGAGUACUCUUUGGAUUGGAGGAGGUCUCGUACUUCUUCCCGGCCAAGACCCUGUUCAGGACCUUCUUUUGCUGCAUCGUCGCCGCCUUGUCCCUCAAGUUCCUAAAUCCUUACGGCACCCAAAAGAUUGUUCUUUUCCAGGUUCGCUAUUUAGUUGACUGGGAAUACUUUGAGAUAGGGAGUUUCAUCUUUGUAGGCAUCCUUGGCGGUGCAAUUGGCGCCCUCUUCAUCAAGGCGUCCAAGUACUGGGCGCAGACCUUCCGCCGAAUCAAAGUCAUCAAGAAGCUCCCGAUGCUCGAGGUCCUUCUUGUGGCUCUGGUCACCGGUAUGAUGAGCUACUGGAACGGUUUGACCAAGCUUCCUGUCGCUGAGCUGCUCCUUAAUUUGGCAUCUCCGUGCGAUGGCCCAGAUGUCGAACGAGAGGAACUCAGCCUUUGUCCCAAGUCCAUUGAUGACAUUCCCCCGAUUCUGCUACAUCUCUUCCUAGCCUUGCUCAUCAAAGGAUUCCUGACUAUUAUCACUUUUGGUAUUAAAGUGCCCGCCGGAAUCUACGUCCCGUCCAUGGUCGUGGGCGGCUUGAUCGGCAGGAUCGUAGGCCAUCUAGCACAGUGGUCGGUACUUCGGUUCCCCGACUGGGCUAUUUGGGGAACCUGCGCAUUCAGGUCAGAUGGCACUUGCAUUCAGCCUGGUGUCUACGGUCUCAUUGCAGCCGGAGCAACCAUGUGCGGCGUGACCAGGCUGUCUGUCACUCUCGCCGUUAUCCUGUUUGAGCUCACUGGCAGCCUCGACUAUGUCCUCCCUUUCUCACUGGCCAUUUUGGUCGCCAAGUGGACCGCAGAUGCCAUUGAGCCCAACAGCAUUUACGAUCUUCUGACAAACAUGAACUCGUACCCGUUCCUGGAUAACAAGCACAAGCCCAUAUUUACCGAAAAUCUUGGAGAUAUUAUACCCCGGGUGCGUCGGGAGCGGAUCAUUGACAUAACAACAUCUCCCCUUGUGCCUGCUGCGAGCCUGCGUGUCAAGCUCGAGCUCUUGCACAGAGCUGGUGAGCUCGAUGGUGGCCUUCCUAUCCUUCGCAACGGCAACCUUGUUGGGCUGAUCCCCGCUCCGGACCUCGGAUAUGCGCUCGAUCAACUAGAGGAUGAGAGCACGAAUCUAUGUCUGAUGGAUCGAGUGCCAAGGGUUGAUGAGGAUGAUGAUGACAUAUUUGAUCCUACGGACUUUACGCCCUACAUUGAUCCAGCACCAGUGGCGUUGGACAUUCGGUCACCAAUGGAUCUUGUGUAUGAAGUUUUCUCGAAACUGGGUCUCCGCUACAUAUGUGUCUCUAAGGACGGCAAAUAUGCAGGAAUGACCCACAAGAAGACAUUCGUCAAGUACAUGCGUGAGCUUGAGAAGGACGAGUGAGCUAGGUAAGAAGUGUACAAGCCGAGGGGGGUGCCCCACUAGGCAUGGGGAAGCACAACGUGGUUAUCAGCAUCGUAUCAGCACCCAUCAUAUUUGGAGCCGGAGAUGUGUCGGACUUUGAGGCAGCCAUAUGACUUUAGAGGGCGGCAUCAUG